CUAUUCACUACUCUCCCUUUCCCUGAACCCACUACCUCGACGCUCCACACGUUUUCCAUCGCACCUGAGCUUCCUACUAUGGCCGGCGGCGAAGGCGACACAAAGCUCCUUCACAUCGCCAUGUUCCCAUGGCUAGCCUUCGGCCACAUCCUCCCUUUCCUCCAACUCUCCAAGAUCAUGGCCAAAAAGGGACACAAGAUCUCAUUCGUCUCCACUCCGCGCAACAUCGAUCGCCUUCCCCAACUCCCUCCACCCUUCACCUCUCUCAUCACCUUCGUCAAGCUUCCCCUGCCUCCCGUCGACGGCCUCCCGACCACCGCCGAGGCAACUUCCGAUCUUGAAAUCAAUGACGUCAGCUACCUGAAAAGAGCUUACGACCUUCUUCAGCUACCGCUGGCUGGCUUCCUCCGAUCUUCCCGCCCAGACUGGAUUCUCUUCGACUAUGUUCCCUUCUGGCUGCCCGGAGUUGCUCGUGAACUGGGGAUUCCGACCGCUUACUUCAGCAUAUUCCUCGCCGGCGUGUUGGGGUUCGUCAGCCCGCCGUCGGAUGAAGAGGAGGAUUACAGGAAAACCGUGGAGGAGUUUAUGGUCAAGCCGAAGUGGGUCCCGUUCGAAUCCGACGUCGCAUACAGGCAAUUCGAGGCUGAGAAAGUUUUCCCGGCACUCGUCGGUGAUGAUUUGCAGCUCCCUGAGUUCUACCGCUUCCAUCAGACACUGAAACGAUGCGAUUUGAUCGCCGUUAGAAGCUGCCCGGAGCUCGAAUCCAAAUGGUUCGAUCUCCUCCAGGAAAUCCACCAGAAGCCGGUGAUCCCCGUGGGAGUGCUUCCCACUCCGGUCGAGCAGAAAGAGGCCGACAGCUGGCAGACCUCCACGUGGAUCAAAGAAUGGUUGGACUGGCAAGAACCGGGCUCGGUCGUCUACGUGGCAUUCGGGAGCGAAGCGAAACGAACUCAAGAAGAGCUGACGGAGAUAGCAUGGGGAUUGGAGAUGUCGGGCCUGCCGUUCUUCUGGGUGCUCCGAACCCGGCGGAGUCCCGACGACCCGGACGUGCUGGAGCUGCCCGAAGGGUUCGAGGACAGGACGAGUGGGCUUGGAGUGGUCUGGAAGGAUUGGGCCCCGCAGGUGAAGAUUUUGGGCCACGACUCGGUGGGCGGUUUUCUGGCCCACUCCGGGUGGAGCUCGGUGGUGGAAGGGCUUCAGUUUGGGCGGACUCUGGUGUUCUUGACUUUUUACGCGGAUCAGGGGCUUAAUGCGAAGCUGCUUCAGGAGAAGGGCGUGGGUUACUUGGUCCCGAGGAAUGAAGUUGACGGACGGUUUACGAGGGACUCGGUGGCCGACUCGCUGAGGGCGGCGAUGGUGGGAGAGGAAGGAGCGAGUUACCGGGUCAAAGCAAUGGAGAUGAAGGAGUUGUUUGGUGAUAACGAGAAACAUGAAGGUUACGUCCAUGAUUUCUUGGGGUAUCUUCAAGCUAAUAAAUUGCGUUGACAAGGCAAACUCGGCAUCCGAUAGAAUCAUAAGUGCAUAUUUAAAGCCCAAUGAAUUAUGAUAUCUCUUUGGGCUUGGUCAUUUUGGGACAAGCGGAUCAUUUGAUUUUUUGGCUAUGGUACUUCCGAAAAGUUCUAGUAAGCACAACCAAUCGAACUGAAAUAAAAGUAACAUUGCUUU